UUACUUUAUCAAAUCAAAGACUUUAGAAGAUAUUGAGGGUUAUUGAGAGAAUAUGUAACCAUGCUGCUAUAUUCUUUGAUACGAAUUAUGCCAAAAAGUAGAUAUAGUCGAAACAAUACCACGGUUUAUUCGAAAAGGUUGAGAGUAAAUUUAAAUAUCCCGCUCGUGGACCCAAACGGAGUCGAAUUGUUUCGUAUUGAUCAUUGGUGGCCGGUGCAGGCCGUGCAGCUGCAACCGCCCCACCAGGCACGGGCCCGUUCCGCGCACCACUAUGAACAACCACUCCGAAAUUUAACUUCUCGGACGGUGGUGCGCAUGCAGGCAGCGCCUCUACUUUUACCCCCUCUUUUAUCGAAAUUUCAAAUGCAGUUCCUAAGGUUCCCUACGAGCCGUGACCAUGAAUCCGUUGCGUCAAUGGCGUCAUUUAUCAACGGUCUUCUUACUGAACGGCUUUGAUGCUCAGUUUCACUAUACGAACCCGUGGUCAACUGUUUAGUUGCAUCUAAGCCACGUGUUUUUCCCCGCUUGUCAACAAGUUAGUCGUAAAUAGUGAGAAUUGUGCGAUAAGUUAAUAGUGAAAGGACCAUCUCGCGAGGGAGACGAUAUAGUCAUUCGGCAUCAGACCGAAACAGUCAAGUGAAAAGCCAUGGAGGAAGAGGUCGGAGAGUGCGAUGUUACAAUUUCCGAUGAAAAGUUUCAAGAGCCUCAGAGAAGAUUUUGGCUGCGUUCGAGAAAGAGGCCAAAGAGCGAUGCCAUUAGCGUUAGUAGUAUGGAUAUAUCCAUCGAUUCAACCAUGGGAAAAAGAAAGAAACGCAGAAAAAUUUCUGAAGUUGCUAGCAGUUUUUUUGGAUCGGGGAAGAAAGCAAAUUUAAAUCAGACGAUCAGCGGAGCUGAACUAUCAUUUGCCGAAGUUGAUGAUGCACCGGCGAGUCCGAUACCAAAAAAAAACUGCAAUGAAAAUGAUGCAGCGUCUGUAGCAGCAGUGAAAAGCUGGGUUACCGAUGUAGCUACACAAGAUUUAACCUCCAAGUUAACUGGCACUGAAAUUAAAAGACAAGAGCUUAUAUACGAAUUGUUUUGUGGUGAAAAUACUCUCUUGAAUGAGCUCAAUACACUUAAAGAUUAUUUUUUGGUGCCACUUACUAAAACUAAUAUCUUUACAAAAGAAGAGUUAUCGACCCUCUUCAACAACCUUGAUCAGUUAAUAACUGUGCAUAGUGAUUUGAGAGAUGAACUGAAAAACAUUAGAAACCAUCAAGGUUCCACAGCUUUUGUAGGGCCAACUCUAAAUGAAUGGAUGAAGAGAAUUCCAGAAUUGUACAUAGAAAGAAGUAAAACUCAAGUUUGGGCCAAACAAAUUUUAGAUGUCAAAAAGUCAACUUGCAAACGUUAUCAAGAGUUUAUUAAAAAACGAUCAGAAGUUUUAAAAACAUCUGAUAUGUGGACUUACAUUGACUCUUGUAGAUCUAGGAUAGUUAAAUAUCCUAUACUUAUAGAUGAACUUUUGAAACAUACCAUCAUGGGACAUAUAGAUGGUAACAUUCUUUUAUCAGUUAGAGAAUUUUUUAGUGAUCUAUUAAAAAAAAUUGAUACUGCAAUGGGAUUGGAAGAGUGCAAAGUAGCACAGUCAAAAAUAAUUGUAAAAGCUGAAUAUGAUCCUAAAAAAUAUGUCGAAACUGCUAUAGAUCUUGUACUUGAAGGUACUCUUAAAGACCCUAAAGGGAAUAAAUACCAUUGUUUUCUCUUCAAUAAUUCUUUCUGCAUAACCAAAUCAAAUAGGAAAGCAAACAAAAAAUACAGCAUGUGCUUUCCUGUGAUACCAAUCAAUGAUAUUACUGUUGAAACUUUAAAUUCAAAUUAUUCUUCAGCAAGUUUCGAAAUAAAAAAUCAAAUACUAGUAUGUAAUGACGAACACCAUCGACGCCAUUGGUUGGACUGUUUUAAACGCACUAUUAAACAUUUAAAAGACAGCAAGAAAAAAAGAAAAAACGUACCAGUACAGAAGGAAAAUGAACCAGAAUAUGAUGACGAAUUAGAUGAAGAAAGGCCUCCGGGAUGGUGUCGAGAAACAUACAUUAAAGGAUUACGAGAUGCAUUGUUAAGACAUGGUGCAACUGUGCGAGCUGAGUCAAAAAAGUCUGCCUUACCACUUCAAGUCCAAAAUUAAAAUUCUGAUUUUAAGCUGCGAUUUGUAAAAUAGUAUUGUCAAUAGUCUAUAGUAUCUUAAUUAAUGAAGUGAUUCGUUUUUUUUAAGAUAAAAUUUUAUGAAGUAUUAGAAGAGGGUUCAAAGUAUUAAAUGAAUUAUGAACCCAGUAGUUCAUAGAAACUUUUAUAUUUUGUACAGUACAAAACUAAUGAGACAAUCUUCAUUAUUCAUAAAAAAAAUUGUAUUAAACACAAAUUAUUUGAUUUAAGGU